CCUUGAAUAGCCGCCGACUUUCGCAUUCAACAUAAGCGCCCUUACUCACGCGUGGCAGACGACAGCAAUGCCGUAUUUACAUGAUUUAUGAUAAUGAUGUGCUGAGACUAUUGCGCCGAUUUGUACCCUGCCGUCAUGUCCUAGCGAAUCUUCACCGUCUAUCCUGCGUAUCCUCUCAACCAACAUGCCUCCAUAUCCAGGCGAGGAAAUAUUGGCUACAGUCUAUACCGACCUCCACACGUACUUCGACACUCCUACACCGCGACCUUUCCUCCACCGCUUCGACAAGUCCUCAUACUUCUACGUCUACUACAACUCCACGCGACAAACCAGCCGUAUCGAGAUUGCGCUGAACCCUGGCACACCAGAUCAAGCAGCCUUCAACGGCUAUCUCGAUAAUGUCAAGAUCGAACAAUCCCGUCACUUUCCCACGCGAGUCACAUUGACCGUCGAUGCGCACGGUCAACCGAGCGCGUCUCCUGCAUCGGCCAGGACGUCCAAAGAUCCAGAUGAAUGGCGGCUUGCCAGUGCUGACCCGCGGGACGCAGGCACAACGAAGUACAGAAUCCAUACGGUGGAUUUCUACUUCUGGAACGAGGAGGACGCCCGACUGAUCUUGACGAUAUGCAAAAAGUUGUUACAACCACACCAGGUGGAAAGCGACGAACCCGAAACAUCGCAUGCAACAGAGCCGGAACCGGAACCAGAACCACAACAUCAACAUGACGAUUUGGCCAGCCCCGUCGUCCAGAACCUAGAGCACAUGGCGAUUUCCGACCCGGCAUAUCAAAAAGGAAGGCCUCAGCAGGCUGGCGCGUCUGUACACGACAGGACGACUCAACAACCGCCCCCUUCUCAGGCCCCAACCCCAGCUUAUGCCGCGGCAUCACCGUCUCCAGGUUCUUCCAUUGCUGCAAACGUCGACAGGAAACCCUCAGCGCCAGCAGUUUCGACAGGGUACGCCCCACUAGCAUAUAACCCAGCAGCACCACCCGCUCCUGAACCCAUCGCUCACCGAGAAGACACACCUCCUCCAGUAGACGCAGCAGACGGAACAGGUCUCACAAGCGCAGCGCGGCACGAUGCCUACUCCCACCCUCAACAGCCGCAUACCCCCUUUUCCGGUGUUCCCAGUCCACAGCCAACCCAGUACGGACAAAGCCACUACGGUUCUCCGCCGCCCUCGUUCGGCCCCAGCGCAUCAGCAACACCUUCAUUCGGCCCUCACGCAUCUGCGACCCCCUCCUUCGGGCCCCAAGCAUCUGUAACUCCCCAGCAUUCAUCCUACGGGAUCCCGCCCUCAGCAUCAUCCCCUCUCCCUUCUUCUCACCGAACAUCCGUCUCAGCCAUGGGCGCGCCAUCAAGCGCCACCAGCGCCCACAGCCACAAUCACAACCACAGCACAGCAGCCCAGCACUAUAUCCCUCCCAACGCCGAUCCGAACUCACAUAUCUUCGGCGGCCAGCAGCAAGUCGAAACUCCAGGCACGCAAUUCUACAGCUCGAUCAACGCCAAUGGUCAACCCCACAAGCCCUUGCAGCACAUACAGCCUCAAUACCCGGACUAUCUAUCCGCCAAGUCGUCGCCGUCUCCGCCGGUCGGAGGAUACGCGAAUUAUAACUAUUCUCACGGGCAUGGCGCGCAAGGGCAAUCGCAAGGACCAUCGCAGGGACAAGGUGCUGGGACGCCAUAUGAUAUCCAUAAUCAGGUCUAUCGACCUACGGAAGAGGAGCACGCCAGCCAUCACCACAAGAAGCCCUCGCGUUCAUCUAGCUCGGCUAACCAGCCAUCUGGCGUGGAGCGAAUUGAAAAGGGGGUUGGGAAAUUCUUCAAAAGGAUUGAAAAGAAGAUUGGAUGAGCCAUCAUGAGCGUCAAUUUCGAUAUGAUAUGACUGUUGGAUACAGUGAGUUGUGAGUUUCAAUCU